AUGGCCAGUCUACUGACGACGAGACGCGUCGUGUUCCCUGCCGCCGCCGCCGCCGCAGCAGCAGCAGCAGCAUCACGAGCUACAUGUACACCGAUGACGGCGACGAAACGAUGGUAUGCGUCCCUUGACCUGCCAGCCCUAGACGAAAAGUGGCGCAAGAUCUGGAGGGAGCGGCAGGACGGACGGCGAAUCACCGAUGGAGGGGCGGACUCGAAAUACAUCCUCCCCAUGUUCCCCUACCCCUCGGGGACGCUGCACCUGGGUCACCUGCGCGUGUACACUAUUGCCGACGUGGUGGCCAGGUACAGGAGGCUCAGGGGGGACAGCGUCAUGCUUCCCAUGGGCUGGGACGCGUUCGGGUUGCCGGCCGAGAAUGCCGCGCUGGAGAGGGGCGUGGCUCCCGACCGGAUAUUCCUCAUGCUAUACGAGCGAGGCCUAGCGUACCAGGAAGAGGCCGAGGUCAACUACGACCCGGUGGACAAGACGGUCCUGGCCAACGAGCAGGUGGAUGCCGACGGGCUGUCGUGGCGGUCCGGGGCCAAGGUGGAGAAGAGGCGGCUGAAGCAGUGGUUCCUACGCAUCUCGGAGUUUAGUGAGUCGCUGCUCGAGGACCUGGACACGCUGGCGGCCGACGGCGCGUGGCCGGAGCGGGUGCUGGCCCAGCAGAGGAACUGGCUGGGCAAGUCGACGGGUGCGAGGAUCAAGUUCCCCGUGCUGGCGCUGGGCGGCGACGUCGGAGCCAACCUGGACGUCUUCACCACGCGGCCCGACACCCUCUUCGGCGUCCAGUACGUGGCGCUGGCGGCGACGCACCCCACCGUCGUGGAGCUAGCCAGGUCGGACCCGGAGCUCCAGGCCUUCCUCGACACGCUCCCGGGGCUGCCGCCGGACUCCAAGGUCGGCUACAUGCUGCCCCAGGUGCGGGCCGUCAACCCGCUGGCCUUCCACGAGGCCACGCCCGAGCCCGUCAAGGCCUCGCUACCCGUCUAUGUGGCGGCGUACGUGGUCGGCGACUACGGCGAGGGCGCGGUCAUGGGCGUCCCGGGCCACGACGUGCGCGACCACGCCUUCUGGCGCGAGCACGGGGCCGACCAGCCGGUACGCGUGGUGCUGUCGCCGGCGUCGCAGGACGGCGGGUCGUCGACGCUGGCCGUGGACGAGGGCGCGGAGCCGUUUGUGGACCACGGCAUCAUGACGGAGCACAGCGGGCCCUUCAAGGGUAGGAGGUCGGACGAGGCGGGCGCCAUGAUGGUGCGCAUGCUCGAGAUGUCCGGGCUGGCUGAGCGGGUCGACAAGUGGCGGCUACGCGACUGGCUCAUCAGCCGCCAGCGGUACUGGGGGACGCCCAUCCCCAUCGUGCACUGCUCUUCGUGCGGGGCCGUGCCCGUACCCGAGAGGGACCUGCCGGUCAGGCUGCCGGAGGUGGACGGCCACUGGGCCGAGGGCAAGGCAGGGAACGCGCUCGAGUCGUCGCGCGAGUUUGUCGAGACGACGUGCCCCAGCUGCGGUGGCGAGGCACGCCGGGACACGGAUACGAUGGACACUUUCGUCGACUCGAGCUGGUACUACGCGCGGUUCGCGGACCCGCACAACGAGGACGAGCUCCUCUCGGCCGAGGCUGCGCGGUCGCUCCCCGUCGACGUGUACCUGGGCGGCGUGGAGCACGCGAUCCUUCAUCUGCUGUACGCGCGCUUCAUGUACAAAUUCCUGGCGUCGGCCGGCGUGCUACCCCAGUACGGAGUCGGCGAGGCGGCGGCGGCGGCGGCGGCGGCGGCGGGGAAGGGCGGGGAGAAGGCCAAGGCAGCAGCAGCAGCCGUGGCGGAGCCAUUCAGGCGGCUCAUCACGCAGGGCAUGGUGCACGGCAAGACGUUUGUGGACCCGGACAGCGGGCGCUUCCUGCGUCCGGACGAGGUGGACGCUUCGGACGCGAGCAAGCCGCGGGUCAAGGCUACGGGGAAGCAGGCGACGAUUGCGUACGAGAAGAUGUCCAAGUCGAAGCACAACGGCGUGGACCCGGGCGAGACGAUUGCCAAGCACGGGGCCGACGCGACGCGGGCGCACAUGCUCUUCCAGGCGCCGGUGGGCGACGUGCUCAACUGGGACGGCGCCAAGAUUGUGGGGGUCACGCGGUGGCUGCAUCGGCUGUACGACCAGGUCUCGGCGGCGUCGGCGGCGGCGAAGGCUAUAGCGACGAGUACGACGACAGGUACGGCUACGAGCACGGCUACAAGCACAAGCACAGCCAAGGAGUACCUGACGGGCAUGCGUGCGCGGAUAGAGUCGUCGCCCCCGGACGGCGAGCUGGCGCGGCGGUGGGAGGCGGACUCGAGCAUCUGGCGCGAGGUGCAGAAGACGAUCCGAUCGGUGACGCAGUCGUACGACGACGUCUACUCCCUCAACACGGCCGUGUCGGACCUGAUGAGCCUGACGAACGCGGUCGGGGCGGGGAGCACGGCGGGAGCGAGCGACGUGAUCAAGGUCGAGGCCGCCAGGGCGAUGGUCCGCAUGGUGGCACCCAUCGCGCCGGCGUUUGCGGAGGAGUGCUGGAGCAUGCUCUGCGACGGCGGGGAGGGGGAGCGCGCCGGCGGCGGCGGCGGCGGCGGCGGCGGCCUCGGCUCUACCUCCUCUGUCUUCUCGGCCGGCUUCCCCGAGGUGGACGGCAGCGACGAGGGCUCACUGCUCCGGCCGGGACGGCAGGCGUGCGCGGUGCAGAUCAACGGCAAGGUGCGCGGGGUGGUGCAGGUGGCGCGGCCGCCGGAGGGGCUCUCGAGGGAUGAGAUGGGCAGGUGGAUGACCGACGCGAUCCUGCAGAGCGACGAGGGGAGAGAUAGGUUUGGGGAGGGUGGCGUGUACGAUGUCGGUCGGGCCAAGAGGGUGAUCUGUGUCGGGGGGGGGAAGACGAUGAAUUAUGUGAUGUGA